UUUUCUCAUGCCUAAAGAUAAUAUUACAUUGUUUAUUAUAGUAUGUAAUAUAUUAUUAUAUUAUAAAUUUUAUUAUUAUAUAUGGUAUUAGGAAUAUAUUAGGUAUUAAUGAAUAUUUGAGUGAAGCGUGGUUCAAAAACAGCUAGAAGCACCUCGGUUAAAGUUCCAGUAUUCCUGAAAAUCAUUAUCUAACCAAAUCUGCUCACGACUGAAUAGUAAAAAGUAUGGAUUCUGAAAAUAUAUUAGUUCAAGAAACAGUCUCUUCUGCAGAUACUCAGAAAUUGGCUGACAAAUUUGAACCAUCCACAGAAACUCCUGAAAAAGAUUCUACAUUAAAAUUGUUCACUUCUGAAGCCAUGGAAGAAAGUAUGGAUUCUGAAAAUAUAUUAGUUCAAGAAACAGUCUCUUAUGAAGACACUCAGAAAUUGCCUGUUAAUUUUGACCCAUCCACAGACUCUACUGAAAAAGAUUUUAAGUCAAAAUCAUUCACUUCUGAAGCCAUGGAAGAAAGUAUGGAUUCUGAAAAUAUAUUAGUUCAAGAAACAGUCUCUUCUGAAGACACUCAGAAAUUGCGUGUUAAUUUUGAACCAUCCACAGACUCUACUGAAAAAGAUUCUAAGUCAAAAUCAUUCACUUCUGAAGCCAUGGAAGAAAGUAUGGAUUCUGAAAAUAUAUUAGUUCAAGAAACAGUCUCUUCUGAAGACACUCAGAAAUUGCCUGUUAAUUUUGAACCAUCCCCAACAACUACAAAAUCUCCAGAAAAAGAAACAAUGGAGUCAAAAUGUGAUUCAGAAAAUGGUUCUAGUAGUUCUGAUAGUGACAGUGAUUCCGAAGAUUCUUCUGAAGAUAGUGAUAGUGAAACUGAUGAUUCUUCUGAAACAGAUGAUGAGAUUCAGGAAAUAAAAGUUGAAAAUAUCAAAAGAAAGGAACAACAAGAAGAAUCAUGGCAGUCUAUUUUAGGGGUUGAUAAAGCCUCCAUAGAACUGCCAGACAUUACUUCCUUAGAGCUGAAUGAUAAAGAUCAAUUCAUUUAUAUGGGACAUUUUGAAAAUGUUAUUGAUAACAUUGUUACAGUUGCUGCUUUACCCCAAAUGCCUGCUUAUGACCUAGAAACAUUAUUAUUUUUAGAAGAAGGUCGGAAAGUUUUAGGUUACAUAUUUGAUGUUAUGGGACCUGUCACAGCCCCUGUUUACAUUAUACUCAUGAAAUCUGCAGAAGCGAUUGCAGAUCUUCAACUGGAAAAAGGAGCUAAAGUUUAUUGUGCCCCCCAAAGCAAAUAUACUAAAUAUAUUCUACUCCAGGAAUUAAUGAAUAUACGUGGAUCAGAUGCUUCUUGGAUAGGAGAUGUUGAAGUUCCACAAGAAUUACAAGAAUACUCAGAUGAUGAGCAGGAACAACUCAGUAAAAAAGUAACUAAACGGAAGCGGAUUCAAGAAAAGGAGGGUGAACUAAAUAUGGAUCAAUUACCUGGGGGGAGAAAACCUACAAGACCUAGUAGUACUUCACAAAGUAGGAAUAAUUCAUCAUUCGCACAAAAUAAUAGGACUGUAGUAAAUCCUGUUGCUAUUGCAGCACAGAGGUUUAAUAAUACACCAAUACCUAUUUUCAAUCCUUCAAUACCACCUCCAAAUAUUAGAAUGCCACCUCCAGUAAGAGGCAUGGUACCUCCUUUUUCUGGACCGGUCCCUCUUCCUGCUCAGGCCCCAGUUCCUGUUCUGCCCUUACCAAGGUUUUGGUCUGAAGGUAGAGAUUUUAAUGGAAGUCCUAAUAGACCUAAUUACAGGCCGAAUAUGCCUGGUCCUUCUGAUGGCUAUUGGUAUCAUUGAUGAUAAAAACUAUGAUAUUUUGUCAAAUAUCUUUCAAUUAUCAAGUUGGAAUAGGAAACACUGUGAUAUUUUAUAUUGUUGACUAGAAAUAAAAUUUUAAAUUUA